AUGAUACAUUACGCAAUAUAUGAUUGUUUUGCAACAACAUGUUUAAUUCGACCUAUUACAUUAUAUUGGACAUUUCAACAGGUAAAGAAAAUUCAUAUUCUUGAUUCAUUUCAGGCAUUACCAUCAUCAUCACGAGCGAAUAACAACUCAGCAAAUACAAAUAUUAAUCAACAAAUAAUUAAGAAUAUUAAUGAUGAUAUUGAAUUAAUCUUCGAUGAUGAUAAUAAUGAUGAUGAAAUAACAGUUAAUCAAUGUAUUAAAAUUACUAUUAAUAAUGAUAUGUUAUAUGAAGAAAUUGCAAAUGAUGAUAAUGAAUUAAAUAAAGCGUUACCAAUAAAUAAUAAUGAAUCAUUAUAUGAAGCAAUAUUAAAUGAUGAUAAUGAACCAAAUCCAGCAUUACCAUCAAAUGAUAAUGAUUUAUGUGUCAACAACUACUCUAUGGUCGAUGAAAACAAAAAUAAUGAUCAAUCUGACUCGGUGAAGUAUAAAUCACGUCAUCAAAAUAGAUCAGCUGAAACAAGAAGAAGAAGAAGAAAUCGUAAAAGAAAUGAUGUAUUUCGACGACGAAGAUUUCGAUAUGUUAUGACCCAUCCAGUUUAUUCACGAUUUACAAUGAAGUCAAUCCGAAAAAUUCUUCGCUAG